AUUGCCGAGUUACAAAUUUCAAUUACCAAUGUUAACCAAGGCAGUUUGCGUGCUCAAUGGCGAUGCCAAGGGCACAAUUUAUUUCGAACAAAAAUCCGAAAAUUGUGCCGUCAAAAUUACAGGUGAGGUGACUGGAUUAUCAAAAGGUCUACAUGGCUUUCAUGUGCAUGAGUUUGGCGACUCCACAAGUGGCUGCACAUCCGCCGGAGCACACUUUAAUCCCCACAAGAAACAGCAUGGUGCACCCACAGACAACGAGCGUCAUCUGGGCGAUUUGGGAAACAUCAAUGUUGAGGGAACAGGAGCAACAAAAAUCAAUUUUUGCGAUUGCCACAUUACGCUCUUUGGCGCCAAUAGCAUCAUUGGACGCAGUUUGGUUGUCCACGCCGAUCCCGAUGAUCUUGGCAAAGGUGGACAUGAGUUGAGCAAAACAACUGGUAAUGCUGGAGCACGCAUUGGCUGCGGCGUCAUUGGCUUUGCCUCGGUCGCAAAUUAGUUUUUAUUAGUUAAAUAUAACAAUUAAAAUAAAUUUAAUUUGAACAUUGAA